AUGACUGUGUUGGACGCGUAUCGAACAUUCAAUGAACAACAUCCUGGACUUGUUGCGCGAUCAACUUUCAAUGCCCUUCGACCACGAGAAGCUUGGAACAACCAUUAUCAAAAAUGUGCUGGUAUAGGUGCUUUAUCAGCAACCAAUAAGAUUAAUAUGAAAGAUCUAAUUAAUCAAAUGGUGUGCCCAGGCUCUAAUGAAAAGUGCUUCAGUGGUAAAUGCAAUAAUUGUUCAUCGAAGAACGAUUCGUUUGUGGUGGCGCAGAUAGAUUUCUCAAUGAAUUACACAUUGAUACGUCUUGAGGGUGAAGUUCAACAAGGAUUCUUUAGUCAGCACCAAGUCAGCUUAUUUACAAUCCAUCUUACCAUUGGAGAUGAACACACAAAUUUAGCAAUUAUAAGCAAAUAUAUGGAACAUACAACAGCAUUCGUGCACUGUGCACAAAAAAUUCUCGUUGAAUUUAUUAAGGAAAACUUUCCAUUGGUAAAAAAGAUCAAUUAUGUGAGGUAA